AUGGCGAAAAGAACAACAGCAGAAGCACGAAUGACAAGGGAGGAAGAUCCGGAGAUACUGGAUAUCAUCGGCACGAUUUCAAAAAUGAAAAUCGUUGACAAUGAACAAUCAAGAAACGCAGAAGACGAAACAGUGAAUAUUCGUGAAAAUGAAUAUCCGAAAACUUCUCCCAGGGAUGAAAUUUCGAACAUCAAACAGUUAAAAAGUCCCGAUGACGACGAGGAAGUCUCUGGACCUGACCAGGACCAGGAUCAGGCACACCCAGCGUACAUCCCGCGCAUAGGACAAUUUUUCAUGCACGAUACCCGUGAAACUGGUGAGAGAAUUACGCUACAUCCGUUAUCGCGUACCGAUUAUAAGUGGCGACAUGAUUUAUAUAAUGAGACUGAUCAGAUGCCAAUGUCUGAUCGAGAAUUCGCUAAAAAAUAUGGUGUGGAUCGGGAAGGAAAUCCUGUCUCUUCGCUUCUCGGUAGGAUUAUUAGCUCCAUUUCUAAAUUGCUACAAAAAUUGUUUUCGGCUUUCCGGUAUGAUACGCAUGGUACGAACCAAACCCGAAUUAGAGCGUCAACAAACGUUUGGAACGCAUCACGUCAUUUUACAAGGAGACAUCGGAUUCGUGGUCGUGGAACUGAUUAUCAAGACAAAAGGAAAGGUGUAAAAAAGCGAGGAAGCGAUGGUCGCUUACCAUUCGCCGGUAAUCCACUGAAUAAGGAACAUUCUAGUGAUUGGAAAAAUCAGAAGUUGGAUGGAGGUAAAGAAGCAGAAAGCAAGUCUGAGAUAAACAGCAGAGAUCAUAAUCAUGCGAAAAUGGAGAUACGUCUCGGUAAGCGUUACUCGACACAGCGGCCAAUGAAAUCGGCUGAAAUGUAG